AUGUCAAGUAAUAGAAACCAUAAAAAUGUGAUUGCUUUUCAAAAAUCAAAUGCGGAUAGAAAUGCUAGGAGACGCGAAUUAUACAGAUUGAUGCCACCUGAAGAAAAAGAGAUUCUUCUAGCACGUCGCCGAGCAAAGAGAGCUGAAACGAGAAAACAUAACUUAUCGGAAAGUUCAAUAAAUAAUGAUUUGGCUACUACAUCAUCUGAUAAUUCCACCAUUAUUUCUAAUAGAAAGCAUAAAAAUAUGCAUGUAUUUCUAAAAUCAAACACGGAUACAAAUGCUAGGAGACGCGAAUUAUACAAAUUGAUGCCACCUGAAGAAAAAGAAAUUCUUCUAGCACGUCGUCGAGCAAAGAGAGCUGAAAUAAGAAAACAUAACUUAUCUGAAAGUUCAAUGAAUAAUGAUUUACCUGCUACAUCAUCUUCUAAUUCCACCAUUGUUUCUGUUGCACAAAAUGGAAUUUUGGAUGUUUUACGUAAGGGGGAAAGAGAAGCUUCACAUAUAGGAAAACAACGCAUACUUCCACUUAGCUUUACUGGAGGUCCAAGAGAUAUGCGUAGACGGUAUAUGGAUGCUAUUGCAUUAGUGCAGCGUUUUGGAAAACCUGAUAUAUUUUUGACUAUAACAUGUAAUCCUUCUUGGCCUGAAAUAGAAGAAAAACUUAUAUCAACUGAUGAGGUACAAAAUAGGCCUGAUCUGAGAAAGGCUUACGAUAUUAUUCUUGAUAGAGUAUUGUCAAAUAAAUUUGGCGCAUUCUAUAUUGAUGGUCCUGGUGGAACUGGUAAAAGUUUUUUAUACCGUGCUUUAUUAGCUACAAUAAGACACAAGGGAUUUAUAGCUUUAGCAACUGCAAGUUCUGGUGUUGCAGCUUCACUUCUUCCCGGAGGUCGAACUGCUCAUUCUCGAUUUAAAAUUCCUAUUGAUGUCAAUGAAAAUUUUACUUGCAAUAUUAGUAAACAAAGUUCACUAGCAUCUUUAAUACGAGAUGCACGAUUAAUUGUGUGGGAUGAAAUUUCAAUGGCAAAAAAGAAAAUGGUUGAAGCAUUUGACUUACUUUUAAGAGAUCUAAUGGAAACAAAUACGUUAUUUGGUGGUAAAAUAGUUGUUUUUAGUGGUGAUUUCAGACAAACUCUUCCGGUUGUUCGUAGUGGAAAAAAAGAAGAUUUUAUUCGUGAAAGUUUAUUGUGUUCUAAAAUUUGGAAUCAACUUGAAAAAUUACAGUUAUCGAAGAAUAUGCGUGCAACUAAAGAUCCUGAAUUUUGUGAAUAUUUAAUGAGAAUUGGUGAUGGAAAAGAAAAAACAAAUGACCAUGGAAAAAUUCAAAUUCCUCAUUCCCUCAUUAUUCCUUUUACUUCUGAAAAAGAAUCUCUAAAUCUUCUCUUUAGAAAUACUUAUCCUGAUUUAUACACAUCUUGUACAAAAACUUCGUUUAUUACUUCUCGUGCUAUUCUAACAACUAAAAAUGAUUUUGUUGAUGAAAUAAAUGACAUGUUGAUCUCUCAAUUUCCAAACACUGGAAAAGUAUAUAUUGCUAUAGAUGAAACUAUUGAUCCAAAGGAUCAAAGUGAAUAUGAAGAUUUCUUACACACUUUAAAUCCUACAGGUUUACCUCCAUACAAAUUAACUUUGAAGAAAAAUUGUCCGAUUAUGUUAUUAAGAAAUUUAAAUCCUUCUGAAGGUUUAUGCAAUGGGACACGCUUAAUAUGUAAUGAUUUUAAACCUCAUGUUAUUAGUGCAACAAUAUCUAGCGGUGAUUUUAAAAAUACACAUGUAUUUAUUCCACGAAUACCACUCAUGACUUCAGAAGAUGAAAAAUUGCCUCUUCCUUUUAAGAGAACACAAUUUCCUGUACGAUUAUGUUUUGCCAUGACUAUAAAUAAAGCUCAAGGACAGACAUUAGAUUUUGUUGGUAUAUAUUUACGCGAACCUGUCUUCUCUCAUGGACAAUUAUAUGUUGCUUUAUCAAGAGCGACAAGUUCUCACAAUGUCAAAGUAUUAAUUAGACCACCUAUAAUUGACGAAAAUGAUGAUCAUUCCACAUAUAAUGUUGUCUACAAUGAAAUUAUUGAAAAGGCAUUUUCUUGA